CAUCCUGGAGGAAAAGAGAUCAUCUUGGAACAUGCAGGCCGUGAUGCAACAGGACCUUUCAAGACCAAAGGUCACUCUCCAGAGGCCACUAAACUACUCAGCAAGUAUAUAAUUGGUCAGCUUGUACUGGAGGAAAGGAUUUACAUUCCAUGAUGCACCCUGCUAUUUAUAAGCAACCGGUUUAAAGUACUGUACUUUAUGUGUAUGUUAAAUGCAAUUAAUAGAUCGAUAGAGCCUGUGUAGUUAACUCUGUAACUUGUUUGUUUUGGUCAAACUUAAAGGGGUCAUUCACCAUUACCUAAUUUUCUAGACGUAUAAAGUGUACUCGUUUUGUCUGUCAUCUCCCAUCAAUUGUAAAAAAAGGAGAGGCUGUAUUUAAUUUUUAUUGUCCGUCAUCUCCCAUCAAUUGUAAAAAAAGGAGAGGCUGUAUUUAAUUUUUAUAUUUUAUUUUUCAUCAAUAUGGACACCGACUAUGUAAUUAUGGAUGACGAAUGUCUGUUAAAAAUUCAAAGAGCCACCAGCUACAACAGUUUUUAACACUUCAGAAAAAAUUAGAAUAUAGACAUACACACGAGGGCAUACAUACACACGAGGGUAUACAUACACACGAGGGUAUACAUCCCACGUGUGUAUCAGUGGCGGCGCUAGGGCUUCCCCGAUGGGUGCCAUCUGAGUGCCUUAGGCCUGAGCUGAGGGGAGGGUUUUAAAGAAUGGGAACAAUUUUAUAAAUAAAAAGGAUGGGGUUUUUUGUGUCUCAUCGUUGUCCAAACUAUUAAUUUAUAUCUUUGAAUAAAUUCAUCUGGUUUCCGAGGUGUAUUUUUUUGAUGAAAAAUAAUUUACUGACUAAUCUUACCGGUAAAUCUUAUCAACGAUACAAUUCAAAAAUGAUUUUUCUUAAUACAAUUUGGGGGUGCGAACGCACCAUCUGCAACCCCCCUUCAUCCACCUCAGUUGUUAUUUGCUAUAUCAACUAGGCUCUAUAAGUUUAUUAUUCUCUAGUACACAUUUUUUUUGAGAAAAUAAAUAUGGUGAAUGGUCCCAAAAGUUUUAAAAUAUUUUCUGUGGGUAGACUUAUAGUGUGGCUCUUCAUUGCUAACAGGGGCUUAGAUGUAUGAUUUAUAUAAAUGUUAGUAUAAGAUAUACUUGAUCAUUCUUAGAAAUUUCUAUUUAUAGUAUAGUACAGUACAGUACUGAAUGUAUGCAAUGACUUUAAUAUAAUUUAAUAACAAUAAUUCCAAAUAAUAUAGGCUGUGAUGACUGUGGCAUUAGUGUUUACCCUAUAAAGGUAAUAGUUAUAAUUUUUUAAUGAAUGUUUCUUGCCUUUGUAUAUAAUGCAAACUGUAUAUAAGCAAAAAGUGUGUAGUAUAAGUUGCACUUUCUUAUUUUUAUAAAAGCAAUCUAUUUUUGUGGAACAAAAUCCAAUGAGUUUUUCUAGUUUAGUAAGCAUAUAAUGCUGGGUAUAUAUGUAAAAAAUACGGCCUUAUGUGGCAUUGAGAGCAGGCGAGACCUCACUGAAUUAGUAAAUAGGCUAUACAUUCAGGGGUGGCGGUGAAGCUGUCAAACAGGGAAUCUGACAAUCACAGCGGGGACCAGGGGACAAAGCCUAAUAGUAGGAUCCAGAGGGCUAUGCCCAUUGCCUCAAGAAAACAAAAUGUUGGGCCAUUUUAAGCUGUUCUGGGAUUUUUAUAAUGUAAUAUGUGCCUAUUUUUUGUUUUUUUUGAUAAGUUAUGGUUAAUAGCGGCAGGGGGCUUGUCCUGUUCAACGUGACAGGGUGCUUAAAUUAAUUCCCUAAGUCGACUGCAUCAUCUUUCACCUUUGUGCAAUAUAUAAGUCUUAAAUUAUUAUGCAUAUCGUAGAUUUGUUAACAUGGUAAUAUUGCUAAGGAUUUAUAUAGCGCAAAUUCGAAAUCAAUGAUCAAAUAAUGGCGCUUAAGCGUUAUUGCCCCUGGUUACUGGAUAACAUACAAUGACACCUACUCCAUGGGAAUUAUCUAGGGGUGAUAGCUUCGUCCCCAGUCGCCUCCUUCCCCCCCACCUAUUGAAAAUGUUGAAAGCAAAAAAAAUUACGCUCAAUAGUUAAAAAAUUUAAUCUUGUACCACCUCACUUCAUAUCACUACCUCGCUUAAUCAUUGAGCCUCGCAUUGCAAGACUCCUGGAUACGCCACUAAAGUAUAUACAUAUAUACUGUAUUUACCUUUCUUUGAUGAUUUAUAUAUAUAUAUGUAUAUAUAUUUAUGCAAAUAAAUUAUCACUUGUAAAUACAGUAA